UAAGUUCACGCGAUUCAUAUUUCACUCGGUCGCACUCGAGGAAUCCAGAAUCAACAAAGUGCGCGUGUACGUGGAGCAAACCGUAAUAGUCUGAGUUUGCCGUCGCACCGUGAUUACCAUCCGCGUGUUGGCGUCCUCUAAUAAACGUUCUCUAAACACAAGCGCAACAGUUAAAUUUUAGUCACGAUAACAGCGUCGAUAAUGAGCAAAAUGGAUCCGCCCAGUUACACAUCACCACCAUAUCCUUAUCCGCAACCGCCGCCGCAAGAAAUGCCACAGCCACAACCUGUCCCACAACAAAAUUUGAUCAUUAUGCCGACAGUUUUCGGCUCGGAAUCACAGCAUUUAAUUUGUCCACAUUGCCGUGCCAACAUUAUGACCAGCGUAGAAUCAGGACCAAACUCAAAAACGCACAUGUUUGCGCUACUUCUUUGUGUAUUUGGACUCUGUUGUUUCGCACCGUGUCCUUAUUGUAUAGACAGUUGCAAAGUGCAGAAGCAUUAUUGUCCGGAGUGCAAGAAUUAUCUUGGAGAGUCCAAUAAUUAGAAUUAUUGGACAACUACAACAAGAAUCAAAACUGCGGUGUUUAAUCAAUUAUAAUAAAAAAAUAUUAAUAAAAUGCAUGUGAUUUAUGCAAAUAGCAGUUUUGAUCGCAAUGUAUCGCAAAUAAAAAUGUGAUCGAAUUAGUCAUAAAA